CGUUUUCGAAGGCGGAGUUGCCUCUCUUGGGUCCGUUUUGCAUGGCUAGAGGAAGAUUGUUUGCAGCGGCCAUUGGAGGGCUUCCGAGUGGUGUCGCUCGUGCUGCGCGACCUGUCUCUUCUUUUGAAGUGGUAGACAGCAGUGUGUCUUUAAGGAGCUCCAAUGGCUUUUGCUCCGUCGGCCUUGAAAGUCUGCAUCGUGGGCUCAGGAAACUGGGGGUCUGCUGUAGCUAAAAUAAUAGGCAACAAUGUAAAGAAUCUGCAGAAGUUUGCUUCUACAGUGAAAAUGUGGGUCUUUGAAGAAAAUGUUAAUGGAAGAAAACUGACAGAAAUAAUAAAUAAUGACCAUGAAAAUGUAAAGUAUCUUCCUGGAUAUAAGCUACCAGAUAAUGUGGUUGCUGUCCCAAACCUGAAUGAGGCUGUACAAGAUGCGGACUUACUGGUUUUUGUAAUUCCCCAUCAGUUCAUUCAUAAAAUCUGCGAUGAGAUCACAGGGCAUGUAGCCAAGAAAGCAGUUGGUAUAACUCUCAUUAAGGGAAUAGAUGAAGGCCCAGAGGGACUCAAACUCAUCUCUGACAUUAUCCGAGAGAAAAUGGGAAUAGACAUCUGUGUGCUGAUGGGAGCAAACAUUGCCAAUGAGGUAGCAGCAGAGAAGUUCUGUGAGACCACAAUAGGCUGUAAAAUUCUGGAGAAUGGCUUCCUUUUCAAAGAACUUCUUCAGACUCCAAACUUCCGAAUAACUGUGGUGGACGAUGCAGAUACUGUUGAGCUUUGUGGUGCACUAAAGAACAUAGUGGCAGUGGGAGCUGGCUUUUGUGAUGGUCUGCGCUGUGGCGAUAAUACCAAAGCUGCUGUCAUUCGACUAGGACUAAUGGAAAUGAUUGCAUUUGCAAAGAUCUUCUGCAAGGGGCAGGUGUCUACUGCCACUUUCCUGGAGAGCUGUGGGGUUGCAGAUCUUAUCACAACAUGUUAUGGUGGUCGCAACCGCAGAGUGGCAGAAGCAUUUGUUAAAACUGGAAAGUCUAUUGAAGAGUUAGAGCAAGAGAUGCUGAAUGGGCAAAAACUUCAAGGGCCACAGACUUCUGCAGAAGUGUAUCGCAUCCUCCAACAGAAAGGAUUGGUGGAGAAGUUUCCAUUAUUUGCUGCUGUUUAUCAAAUCUGCUAUGAAGGGAAACCUGUCCAAGAGAUGAUUUCAUGUCUUCAGAGUCAUCCAGAGCAUAUAUAAAUUCUACUUUGCUGUUGUCCCAGGUCCUGCCUUUUCAUAGUUGUGUGGGCACAAAUUGACUUAAUGAAACGUCGCUACUCCAUUAAGCUCUCAUAGCAACAUGAAUGUCUAUGAACUUUUGUAGAUUGUUCUUGUUUGAUGUAAUCAUUCUGCUCCCAGAUGGCCCACUCUAAUUUUUACUGGCUAAAAUUCAAGUGGCUUUCAGACAUGCAAUGCACGACUUGCACACUCCUAAUUAUUCAUGUAGAUAUAUAUAUAUAUAUCUUUGUACUGUGGAAGAUGCUUGAUGUUUUUGUAACCUCCAUAACAAUGAUUCCUUGUCAUGAAAGACUUCAUCGAGUGCCCACCAGUGAUUGAGGGAAAACAAACCUCUUAUGAGAAUUGAAAGUGGCCUGAAGUGCAUUUCAUUUUGGGACUGUUUGCUAAAACAUACUAGGAUUCUGUAGUGCACAUCCAGCUUCUAAUCAGGUUUGCAUGCCUUUCAAUGACAUUAGUUUAUUUCAUGAACAUUUUAAUGAAAAUCUAUUUAAUAGCAUUUAUUUGGUGAGGCACUUGAUCUUUUUAACUUGAUUCUUGGAAAAGAUUUUUAGAAACCUAAACAUUAAAAUACAAUUAAAGUGGACAUAAUCUCUUUUAAAGGGAUAUUUUUUCUUCACCCAUUUUAUCUUCUAUUAGAUUUGCUUUUCUUUCUUCUUCCUAUUUCUAAAUCUGUGUAGCAAGAAAAAGCAUUUACGGACUAAGCUUUGAUGCUUGACAUCGCACAUUUUAAAACCUUGUGGCUUUGGACAUGAGCAUAUAUAUCUGCAGCUGUCCUUGUCCUGGCUGAAUUCAGGCCUGAUGACAUGGGGAACUCAUGUCUGUGUGAACAAUCAUUGUGUGUGAAUGUUCUGACACAGUAUAUGUAAGUAAUGAGUCUUCAACUCAUUGCCACCUGGCUUGGCUCACCUUUCAAAGGAAUUUUCAGGAGGUGAUAAGAUGUGAUCUUGCCACUAGUCUGUUGGCAUGCUGAUCAGAAAUGGUCAUUAUUAAGCAAAACAAAAACCCUUCUUGUUGUUUGUCCACUCCACAGGGAAUUUCCACAGGAAGAUUCCUACAUUAGUGACCUUGUGGUUUUAUCUGUCAGCUCUGCAUGUGUUUCUGUUCCUUGUGCUGUAUUCUUGGUAUAGCAUUCUUAAGACUUAUUAGUUGAGCUAAUCCACCAACUACAAGUUGCUGCUCAGAUUACCACACACCAAGGGACAUAUUGGGAAAUUCUAGUUAGCACAUGAUUGUACCACAACCUGUGUUAAGUUUUAUAAAAGUAUUUAUUUCAGUGCCUCUUAUAACUGCUGUCUGCUUGACUCACCUUUUGAAAUCCGUUUUUAACUGUACCCCAUUGCCUUCAAAUGAGAUAACUUUCUGGAAGCUAUUUAUAGUCUUGACUGCCUUGACUUCCUGGUGUCUUAAAAGGAAUUUAAAAGACUAAAAUUACCUAGUUGUAAUAUGCUGAAUUAGAGAAUCUGUUAUAUCACUGAAUUGCCCUUUUAUGGUUACCAUUUAUCAUUCUGAUGUUGAAAGAAAUACAGAACCUACACCUCUGGAAAAGCUAGUUAUAAAAACAUACUAAGAUAAGAGCUCUGGGGAAUAAUAGUAAUAUGUAAAGUACUAAAAAUUAAUCCUGUGCUGUAACCUUUAUGCACGCUCCUAGCCCUGGAAAGAUUGGGUUUGGUGACUACUCUUCCUUGCUGAGAAUUCAGAAUGCAUCUGUUAUGACUCAUGGAAAUCCCAGUCCUUUUUAUUAUAAAGUAGUCCUGUUUAAAGUCAACAAAUGUGUUCUGAAUAGGCUUGUUGUGCAGUCUUUGAGACUUCUCACUUUCAGACAAAAUGAAUGUCUAGGCAUAACUGUCCCAAGUGCAUUAUACCACUUGAAGUUUCACAUGUUACACUUUUUCCUACACAGACAGUGCUCACAUGUAGAAAAUGAGAUGGAAACUGCUUAUAGUUGUGGAUCAUGGAAAGCUCCAUUCGUAGUAAUCUCACCUGCAUGCACUUGCUAUUUGUAUAUGGAUUUCAUGCUCUUUCCAUCCCGCUACACAGAAAGCAAGUGCUUUCUGUGUAGGAAAAGUGUAUCAUGUAGAUCAGCACCUUAGUGUAGAUGGAAAGUGGCUUUAUUAUAAUGGAAUUUCAAGAACUCCUAAUAGGUUACAGUGCUCUACACUAUUGAGAAAUUAAAACAUGCAGCAUUUAAUUUUAUUGGAUACAUUUUUCCUUAAUUCCAUGAUUCUAUUUAUGAAGAAAGAUAGUCAGAACUUAAGAAUGGCUUGAAUUUUGUGGUAGUGUGGGAAUUGUUUAAAAUCAUGUGAAGUUGCAUUUGAGAGAGUGGAUGAUGUAGUUGUUUAUAGGGCAUUUUGGAUAUAAAUAGUGGUACUGGUUGGGUAUCCCUUAUCCUGCUUGGGACCAGAAGUGUUCCAGAUUUUGGAUUUUUCCAGAUUUUGGAAUAUUUGCAUAAUGAGAUAUCUUGGGCAUGGGACAGAGCAGGCGCCAAACUUCCCCCUUCCUAGUGGAGGAUGGGGUAUUUUUUGAGCUGCUAGCUUUCUUUAGUGAUUUCUGACUUGUGAGCCUUAAGGCUUUUACCCUUUUACAUUUGUUUAUCCUUCUCUGGCGAUCCUUAUUCUUCUCCUUCCUUUCUACUCUGUGCGAGGGGGGGAAGGGAGUCGCCAUUUUCCUCUCUUUUUCCUUUCCCUUUCCUCAGUUGUUUAGGUUUGGUUGGCUUUCAGUUAGUUUUUUCAGUUUCCCUUGCCUUUUGGUGAUUUGUGCCUUUAAAAUCCAUGGGGAUUUCUCAGUUGGGAGACUCCCUGAGAGGCUCCCUGUCGGAAGGGGCUCUCUCGGAGCUCGUGACAGUUCCCUCGCUCGCUGGGACCACGGCGGCGACUCUCCCUAAGGUAUCCGAAGCAGCGGUAGCUUUGGCUCCCAUGGCGGCCCUCAUCACGGCCACUCUGCCACCCAAAAAAGCAGCGGCAAAGACAAAGCAUUUAAAGGACCAGGUGGGUCCAGAGAAAAAGAAAAAGCAUAAGCGCACCUCCGGUGGGGCUCCACUCAGUGAGAGGUUAAAGCUGCAGGUGGUUUUGUUUUUUGUUUUUGUUACGGCGUGGUGUCCAGAUUUUGAAGCAUUCCGGAUUUUAGAUGUCCGGAUAAGGGAUGCUCAACCUGUAUAAAGCUUAAUAGAUCUUUAUGUGAAGCAUGUCAUCUGUUAAUAUUUAAUCUAGUUUAAUUAUGGCUUUGUCCUUAUUUUUAACAUACAAUGUAUGUAACAAUUAUGUUUUGUAUUAUGUAUAAAGGGCUAUGUAACCUGAAUGUCAUAAGUUACCCAAACUGUUGAAAUACUUAACACUGUUUUAUUCCAUAAUAAAUUGAAGACCUGUUUUUCUAUAAAGGCAUUUGACUUUAUAAGCAUUACUGAAUGAUUUUUCCAAACCCUGCCCACCAAUUAUUUUAUUUUUUCAAUAAAAUGUUAUUACUGUGCAUUCA